CUUUUCCAAACCCAAAACAAAAAUUAAAAUUCCAAAAGAAAAAAAAAAGAAAAAAGAAGAGAAGAUUACCCAAAAGCUACGAAAUCUGCAGAGAUUGGUUUGAAUGAGUAGCUAGCUUUGAAACAAAAAGAGAGAUGCUCUCUCUACACGUCUUCCCUCCGUCACCUUCCCUCCAAAACCCUAACUUCAACCCUACCCAUUCAUCCACCCCAAUCCAAACCCCUAAUUUCAAAGUCCUCAAUCUCCACCCAAUUUCAAAAACCAACUUCAAAGCCCUUAACUUUCGACGAUUUAAGCUCCCAAAUUGUAAAACCCAUCUCAGAAAACUUGCUUGCAAUGCUCUGGAGGACUCCGGCGACGAAACGAAGGCGGUUUUGGGCAGUGGGGGUGGUGAUGGUGGCGGAGGAGGCGGUGGUGAUGGCGGAGGGGAUGAUGAGCAGAUGGAGAAGAAGAGUGGGCCUUUUCCGGAAUGGAUCAGUAUCACUUCCGGCGAUGCAAAAACGGUGUUUGCGGCGAUUGCAGUGUCCCUGGCGUUUCGGAGUUUCAUAGCUGAGCCGAGGUUCAUUCCUUCGUUGUCAAUGUAUCCUACGUUGGACGUGGGAGAUCGAAUUGUAGCAGAAAAGGUUUCAUAUUAUCUCAGAAAGCCAUGUGCCAAUGAUGUAGUUAUCUUUAAAAGUCCACCAGUUCUCCAGCAAGUAGGAUAUACUGAAGACGAUGUCUUCAUUAAACGAAUUGUUGCCAAGGAAGGUGAUACUGUAGAGGUGCGCAAUGGGAAGCUCUUAGUAAAUGGAGUGGAGAGAAAUGAAAAAUUCAUCCUUGAACCACCUGCAUAUAAUAUGACUCCUAUUCGUGUGCCAGAGAACUCAGUUUUCGUGAUGGGUGACAAUCGAAACAACAGCUACGACUCACACGUAUGUUUUGAAAAUGUUUAGGGGUCCAUUGCCAACCAAGAAUAUUUUAGGAAGAUCCCUGUUUCGGUAUUGGCCACCAAAGAGGAUCGGUGCAACAGUUCAUGAGACGGGCUGUGCUGCUGACAAGCCGGAGAGUAUUCCAACGUCUCAGCUAAAGGAAGGUCAGGAAGGCAUUCCAGCGUCUCAGCUAAUGGAAGGUGUAUCAUUGAAUUAGUAACCGUACGAAGUUUCUUCUGGCUCGUCACUUGAAAUUGUUUCAUUUUUUGCCUUGGAUCUCAGGUAACAUCUCUGUUCUAAAGAAACACGCAUACGGGUAAAUUUUUGGAAGGCCCUAGUUCAUUAUAAUUAGUGUACAUUGUUAAUCGACGCUUGAUUUACGUAACUUAA